AUGAAAAAGCACGUGAAUUCUGCACACCUAAACAUUUACGCUGUUAUUAAUUUAUUACAAAAAGAACAAUCAUUAGCAUCAAUUUCAAGAUCGCGAGAUGAUAUGGGAGCAGCAACUCCAAAACGUCGAAAAAAUAAAGUUAAAACGGAUGAACGUUUAAUGAAAUCGUGGCAACGUUAUGAUGCCAGUCGUACUGAUAUUCCAGUUUUCUUGAAAGGUGAUGGUAUGAGAUGUCCAUCAAAACGUUGA